AUGAUUCGGAUCCAGGCAAAGUCUAAGCUCUGUGGCGCCAUCGGCUGGCUAGAUAACACAGUGGACAGCAAACAGCGAAAUAAAAAAUUAAGCAAAUGUGAAUUUGUUGAGAGAAAGAAAGAAAAGAAGAGGAUUGUCAUUUGUCAUCCCCAGCAGUGUUCCCUGCCGUAUGUGAGAGACGAUCCCUGUGGUCUGAGGCCGGUCAAGCCAGUGCCGAUAUGGAGUCGGUAUCUCUCUGACCGCUCCUCUCUACCUGUGUGUGGGAAGAAAACUGUGAUGUCUUCAGAACGUCAGAACCUGACAGAAAUGUUCAGCUAUCUGUCUGGAGAACAUUCACGACGCUACCAUAUUGAAGGGGACAUCAGCGCUGCUUACUCAGAGAUGGUCAUCAAAAGGAUCUGUCGGUAGAUUUGACUGGACGAAAGAUGAAGCAGACAAAGAGAUGUAGAUAACUGAGUGGAUCUGUGUGGAUCAGAGAAAACCCUCAUGUCUAGCACAUCCCAAAUGUUCCCCACUAUUUUUUAGCUCAUCCCUUAUAUUUUCUAGCCCGUCCCCAGUAUUUUG